AUGGGCGAAUACAUCAACUCCGACCAUGCCUCCAUCCCGGACACUGUCACCGAUGCCGUGUUGAAGCCGGCUCGGCGCACGGUCCCGGCCAGCAAAUGGGGCGUCGCAGCUCAAUGUACCACCGAAGACUUCAAGACCAGAACAGACAAGCAUAAGCCACUAGCCAAAGAUUGGAACCCGAGAACAGGAUCUUCGCUAAAGGCAGCUUUCAAGCACCUACAGAAUCCGGAUGUUAUCUCUCUUGGCGGCGGUAUUCCACUCAGCGAAUUCCUUCCUUUCGAGACACUCUCGUUCACGCCGUCAUUCGUUCCAAGCAGCUCCAGGUCAAAGUCUGCAUCAGACUCCUCCGUUGAUGAUGCAUGCUUCCGAUCGAGCAAAACAGACCUUUCCGAGGGCCGAAGCGUGUUCGAUAUCUCUGUAGCGCUGAACUAUGGUCAAGGUAGCGGGUCUCCGCAACUUCUACGAUGGAUCAUUGAACACACCGAGAUGGUCCAUAACCCCCCUUAUGCAGAUUGGGGAUGCACCAUGACCGUUGGCAACACUUCGGCGCUAGACAUGGCCCUUCGCAUGCUCGCCAAACCUGGUGACUAUGUGCUGUCAGAGAAGUUCACCUACUCGACGGCGGUCGAAACUGCAAAGCCGAUGGGUGUCAAGUUCCUUGGUGUCGACAUGGAUGGAGAAGGCUUGCUGCCAGAGAGCCUCCUCCAGGUCUUGGACACAUGGAACCCAGCAGAGCACGAGAACGCAGCGAAGCCAUUCCUAUUAUACCUCGUCCCAACCGGCCACAACCCCACUGGUGCUACUCAAAGUCUACAGCGUCGCAGAAGUAUUUACCGGGUGGCACAGCAACACGAUUUGAUCAUUCUGGAAGACGAUCCCUACUACUGGCUUCAGAUGGACGCCUACAGCGCAUCCGCAGAACUGACAACACCUUCCACCAUCCCUCAGUCGCCGGCAGACUUACUAAACGCGAUCGUCCCGACAUACCUCGGCAUCGACGUAGACGGGCGUGUCAUGCGCAUGGACUCUUUCAGCAAGGUCAUCAGCCCUGGAUCUCGAAUUGGUUGGAUUACUGCCCCUCAAGCAGUAGUAGAGCGAUACAAAACCCAUGCCGACGUAUCAACGCAGGGACCUAGCGGAUUCAGUCAACUCGCAUUCUUCAAGCUUCUAGAUGAGUUUUGGGGCCAUGCCGGGUUCCUUGAGUGGAUGCUACAUAUCCGUGGAGAGUAUACUGAGCGUCGGGAUUUCAUGGUGCGAGCUUGCGAACAGCACUUGCCCCGAGAGAUCGUCGCAUGGAAGCCGGCACGGGCGGGCAUGUUUCAAUGGCUAGGCGUGGACUGGCAAAAACACCCCGAUGCCUCAACGAAGUCUCCAAAUGAGAUUGAAGAGGAGAUAUGGCAAGAGGCGCUGGCUCAAGGCGCUCUCAUUGCUCGGGGUAGUUGGUUCAAUGCCAACAAGCACAUCCCGCUGAAUGAGAUUUUCUUCCGGACCACAUUCGCUGCCGCACCCCUGGUUCAAAUUGAAGAGGCAGUCAAACGGUUCGGAGCAGCGUUGAGAAAAAUCUUCCAACUAUGA